CUUUGUGGAAGAGAGAACAGUUGCGUAGCCAUCACGAACUAGUCAAGAACUGGAAAGAAACAACAAAUCUCAGUGAUUUCGAAAAUCUGAAACCAAACAGCAUUUGAUUUUGAUUCAGAGGACGAUCACAGGUAGAACGUAGAAGAACCUCACCAUGAAAUCCAUCUUCCUUCUCUUUCUCGUCUCAGCCCUUGUUUCUCUUUCCACUCAAUCCAUUGACUCCAAAGACCUAAAAAUCCCACCCUCCGCCGCUCACGCUCGCCUCGCCGAUUACGGAUUUCCCUUCGGCCUUCUCCCCUCCUCCGUCUCCACCUACACCAUCAACGAAACCUCCGGUGACUUCUCUCUGGACCUCGGUGAUUCCUGCAAGUUCACACUUCCACCAGACAACUAUGUGGCUUCCUUCUCUAGGGUUGUCACCGGUAAGAUUGCAAAGGGUCGGAUCCACAAUCUUGAUGGGAUUCGUGUUCGCGCUUUGUUCCAGUGGUGGUCGAUUACUGCUAUUAGGUCUACCGGCGAGGAUUUGGUUUUCGAGGUUGGGUUGAUCACUGCUAAGUACCCGUCUAAGAGUUUCAACGAGAGCCCAGUGUGUGAAGGCCGUCGGUCUGAUUCGUAAGAGGGCAUUCAUUCCCUUCAAGCAUAGAUGAACUUAGUUUAUAUCAUUUUAUGCUGGUUCUUUAAAAUGAAAUGUGAACCCUCUAAUUAUGCUGGCUGUGUGUUGAACUGUACUUUGUAAUUUGUAUAUAUUAAUUCUGCAGAUUGUAACACUUACUACUUCUAGUUCUGGAUUAAUACUCUAUUUUAAUUUAUAAGGUUAGUGCUUCAUUAU